AUUACUUGUUGGUUAUUACUGCAUUGUCGGAACCAGAAGCACAAGCAUUUCGCUACACUCGCAUUAACAUCUGCUAACCAUGUGUAUGUGACAAAUAACAUUUGAUUUGAUUUGAAGUUGUAUACAAUUAAGACAGAUUAUUCAAAUGUACUGUACCUCUUACUCUCCCCAUACUGUUAACUUCUUUACAGUGUUGCUAUCUGCUGCCACCAUCACCAGUCCCCCAGCCACCCUGAUAGCUGGCAUAAGCUCCACCAACCUGACUUGUGAGGCUGCUGGCAACAUCAGCUCCAUACAGUGGAUCAAAGAUGGCCUCCCUCUGUCUCCCAGCAACAAUAUCACCUUCUCUGCAGGCAACAGGACAGUCUAUCUCAGUCCUGUUCAGGACAUUGACAACGGGGGAUAUGAGUGUUUAGUCAGCAACCCUGUCAGCAACCGGACAGCAUCCCACAACCUGACCGUCAACUUUGGACCCCAGCACAUGUCAGUAUAUGGACCAUUAGCAGCAUCAACAGGAUACAGGGUAACUCUGAGCUGUUCGGCUGACUCUAUCCCUCCUGCUACAUUCACCUGGAUGUUCAACGUGACAGAGACAGGUGUUAACAACACCCUGUACGUCAUAGAGAGGAUGGAGGUGCUACACAUUGGGAACUACACCUGCACUGCCACCAAUAACAUCACCGGACUGAAAGACUCUGUUGUCUACAAGCUGAGAGGUUAGUUACAGCUCGAUUUUUUUCAGUUAGGAUUCAUGGUAAAAUGAAGUGUAUCCAUGAUUAAGAUCAUAUAAAGUCAUCAAGUCGUAUAAAUUAACAGCUAGAACUUUGUGACUUGGCAUUGUACCUUUACUUUGUAUUCUAUAAUCUGAGCCUGGAUAAUAAGUUACAAACCUCAUAUUUCAGUCUCUCUAAUUUGUGUAAAUACAAAGUGUUCCUUUCACUCCUCUGGAAUUUCACUGGAAUUACUGGAUAAGGUUUAUCCCUGAGAUCACUGCGAUCACUUCAUGUACACUGAGCAAAAUUAUAAAUGCAACAUGUAACAUGUUGGUCUCAUGUUAUAUGAGCUGAAAUAAAACAUCCCAGGAAUUGACCAUAUGCGCAUAUCAAGAUGCUGAUUAAACAGCAUGAUUAUUACAAAUGAAAUCAAACUUUAUUUGUCACAUGCGCCAAAUACAACAUGUACAACAGGUACAAAUACAACUUUUUCUUGAAAUGAUUACUUACAAGCCCUUAAGACUUCUUAUGACUUAGAUCCCAAUAACGGGAUCGAUAUGACAACAGUCAGUGAAAGUGCAGGGCGCCAAAUUCAAAACAACAGAAAUGUCAUAAUUAAAAUUCCUCAAACAUAGAAGUAUUUUACACCAUUUUAAAGAUAAACUUGUUGUUAAUCCCACCACCGUGUGGCGGGCUUUACGACGAAUGCACACCAAACCAUUCCAAACUCACAAUGCGCGGGCUAGUCCAGGCGAAAUUUCAGACAAAAAGUCAUAUUAGAGUUCGUAGAAACAUGUCAAACGAAGUAUAGAAUCAAUCUUUAGGAUGUUUUUUAUCAUAAAUCUUCAAUAAUGUUCCAACCGGAGAAUUCCUUUGUAUGCAAUGGAACGCAA